AUGACUUCAACUGAAAAUGAGCCGACAAAUUCUGUAGAGCUACAACUCGCGCGAGAUACCCUCGGUCCUUUCAUCGAUGCACCAACUGCACAGCUCUUCUUGCCGCAGGCCAGGCAAAUUCCCCAAGCUGCGUGGGAGAUUAUCAGAAAAGUCCUUGAGAAGAAUCCUCAAGCAAGAGAAGAUGUGGCCUGCCUGACCAAAUUAUUAGCAGAAGAGAGCCAAGCAGCGCUGGACCUCAAUGUGGCUGACCUGGGCGCCAACGAUGCCGCGGAGCCUUCCGGCUUCUCAUUAAAACCAGCGGAAAGGCUUCCUCUUACAGAUAAAUGCCAUCACUACACAGGCCAGCAUGAAGUCCCCUGGGAUAUCCAAAAAUACUUUAGUCAAAGAUACUCCAUCUUCUCAUAUUAUGAUGAUGGAGUUCACAUGACGGAUGACGCGUGGUUUGGUGUCACACCCGAGCCUGUAGCAAACCAAAUUGCGUAUGAAUUGUCUCAAGACCACUAUGACCCGAAAAAAACUACCUUGAUCGAUGCCUUUGGUGGCGCUGGGGGCAAUACAAUUGCAUUUGCUCUAUCCGAGCGAUGGGAACGUAUAAUUUCCAUCGAACGUGACGCCGAUACGCUUGCUUGUGCCCAGCAUAACGCUGAGCUGUACGGCGUUGACCCAGGUGCAAUCACUUGGAUCCUCGGCGACAGCUUUGACUAUGUUGAUAAGCUCGUUAACUCACCGGAAAAGCUGCAUCCGGACCUGAGAGUUGAUUUGCAGACCACCAUGGUAUUUGCCAGCCCUCCAUGGGGUGGGCCUGGAUAUAGAACCGAUGAGGUGUUUGAUCUGAGUACGAUGCAGCCAUAUAGCCUUCACCAGCUGCAUGAAGCCUAUAAGAAAAUGGACCACCUGUUGUUCCUUCCAAGGACAAGCGACAUUCGCCAGAUUGCGAAACUCGCACCAGAGGGGCAAAAGCUUGAAGUCAUUCAAUACUGCGUGGAGGGAGCCAGCAAAGCCAUGGGCGCCUAUAUCCCGGGGGAUAUUUCACCAGCUUCUGAAGAAUGA